AUGUCGGUUUCCCUCCUCCUCCUCUUGGCCAGUCUUUCAGUCAUCUCUGUCCAGGAACAGGAAGACUUGACUAGAAAGGUCUUUCUUUUCCGCAAUGACCCCAGCGAAGACCACGUCGUCCUUAAACCCCCGCCAAAAGAACCACUGCAGAAUUUCACCAUUUGCCUGAGAUCCUACACAGACCUCACCCGGCCCUACGGCCUCUUCUCCUAUGCUACGCGUUCCGAAGACAACGAGAUCCUUCUUUUCAAGUCCAAGCCAGGAGAAUACCGAGUCUUUGUGGGAGGAGAAUAUGUAUCCUUCAAAGUCCGGGAGGAUCCCAUAAGCUGGGAACAUGUCUGCUUUGGCUGGGAGUCAGCCACAGGGACAGUCGAAUUUUGGAUGAAUGGGAAGCCCUGGCCACGGAAAGGGUUGAAGAAAGGUUACACGGUCUCUCCUGGAGCGUUUAUCCUGUUAAGCCAAGAACAAGACCAUUACGGUUCAGCAGACUCUUACAACUCAUUCUCAGGAGAACUGGCUGACGUGUAUAUAUGGGACUUUUCUCUUUCACGUCAUAAGAUGAGGUCAGCCUACCAGGAUUUACUGCUUCCCAGUUGUACUCUGGGUUGGAAGAAUCUGCAGUACGAAAUCAAGGGGGACGUGGUAGUAAAGGCUAGAUUAAGAUAA